AUGGCGGCGCCGGCAUUUGCGGUUUCCGGCGCGGGGCUCGUCGGGGCGCCGGCUCCUCGAUCCGGAGGCGCCGAACGGCGGAGGCGCGGGGCGGAGCUGCUCUUCGGCCGCAACAAGCCCCCCUGCUUCCCUCGUGCCGUUCGCGUCGGAGGCUCCGGAAGGCGUGUGGCCGUGCGCGCGGGGGGCGCGUCCGGCGAGGUGAUGAUCCCGGACGGCGAGAGCGACGGAAUGCCGCCGUCUUCCAACGACGGUUCCGUUCAGUUCCAGUCGGAUGAUCUGGAGGUACCAUUCAUCGACGACGAUUCAGUCAUAGAGGAUGCAGGUGGAGAUAAUACUGGGUCUUCAGAGCCAAAUCUGGCUGCUGAAGAAGCUGACGCUGAAGGCAUGACCAAAAUGGACCAAGAAUCGUCUACAGGGGAGAAACUGCGUGAUGUACCACAGCCAGGAAAUGGAGAGCAAAUAUACGAGAUUGACCCAAUGCUCCGAGACUUUAAGUACCAUCUUGGGUACCGGUACAGCCUAUAUAGGAGAUUACGUUCAGACAUUGACCAGUAUGAAGGAGGGAUGGAUGCCUUUUCCCGUGGUUACGACAAGUUUGGAUUUAAUCGCAGCGCUGAAGGUAUCACUUACCGUGAAUGGGCUCCUGGAGCACACUCUGCAGCAUUAGUAGGGGACUUCAACAACUGGGAUCCAAAUGCAGACCCUAUGAGCAAAGAUGACUUAGGUGUUUGGGAGAUUUUUCUGCCAAACAAUGCAGAUGGUUCGUCACCAAUUCCUCAUGGCUCACGUGUAAAGGUGCGAAUGGAAACUCCAUCUGGGAUAAAGGAUUCAAUUCCUGCGUGGAUCAAGUACUCUGUGCAGGCUCCAGGAGAUAUACCAUACAAUGGCAUAUAUUAUGAUCCUCCUGAAGAGGAGAAGUAUGUAUUCAAGCAUCCACAACCUAAACGACCAAAAUCACUGCGGAUAUAUGAAACACAUGUUGGCAUGAGUAGCCCGGAACCAAAGAUAAACACAUAUGCAAACUUUAGGGAUGAGGUCCUUCCAAGAGUUAAAAGACUUGGAUACAAUGCAGUGCAAAUAAUGGCAAUCCAAGAGCACUCAUACUAUGGAAGUUUUGGGUACCAUGUUACCAAUUUCUUUGCACCAAGUAGCCGUUUUGGUACACCAGAAGAUUUGAAAUCUUUGAUUGAUAGAGCUCAUGAGCUUGGUUUGGUUGUCCUCAUGGAUGUUGUUCACAGUCAUGCAUCAAGUAAUACCCUGGAUGGGUUGAACGGUUUUGAUGGCACGGAUACACAUUACUUUCAUGGCGGUUCACGGGGUCAUCAUUGGAUGUGGGAUUCGCGUGUGUUUGACUACGGCAAUUGGGAAGUUAUAAGAUUUCUACUUUCCAAUGCAAGAUGGUGGCUAGAGGAAUAUAAGUUUGAUGGUUUCCGAUUUGACGGUGUGACCUCCAUGAUGUAUACCCACCAUGGAUUGCAAGUAGUCUUUACAGGGAACUACAAUGAAUAUUUUGGCUUUGCCACUGAUGUAGAUGCAGUUGUUUACUUGAUGCUCGUGAAUGAUCUAAUUCAUGGGCUUUAUCCUGAAGCCAUAACUAUUGGUGAAGAUGUUAGUGGAAUGCCUACAUUUGCCCUUCCUGUUCAAGUUGGUGGCGUUGGUUUUGACUAUCGCUUACAUAUGGCUGUCGCUGACAAAUGGAUUGAACUUCUCAAGGGAAGUGACGAAGCUUGGAAAAUGGGUGACAUUGUGCACACACUAACAAAUAGAAGGUGGCUGGAGAAGUGUGUUACUUAUGCUGAAAGUCAUGAUCAAGCACUUGUUGGUGACAAGACUAUUGCAUUCUGGUUGAUGGACAAAGAUAUGUAUGAUUUUAUGGCUCUGGACAGACCUUCGACACCUAACAUUGAUCGUGGAAUAGCAUUGCAUAAAAUGAUUAGACUUAUCACAAUGGGUUUAGGAGGAGAGGGCUAUCUUAACUUUAUGGGAAAUGAAUUUGGACAUCCUGAAUGGAUAGACUUUCCAAGAGGCCCACAAGUGCUUCCAACUGGAAAGUUCAUCCCAGGAAACAACAACAGUUACGAUAAAUGCCGUCGAAGAUUUGACCUGGGUGAUGCAGAAUAUCUUAGGUAUCAUGGUAUGCAGCAGUUUGAUCAGGCAAUGCAGCAUCUUGAGGGAAAAUAUGGAUUUAUGACAUCAGACCAUCAGUACGUGUCUCGGAAACAUGAGGAAGAUAAGGUAAUCGUGUUUGAAAAAGGGGACUUGGUAUUUGUGUUCAACUUCCACUGCAGUAACAGCUAUUUCGACUACCGUGUUGGCUGUUUAAAUCCUGGGAUGUAUAAGGUGGUCUUAGAUUCGGACGCUGGAAUAUUUGGUGGAUUUGGUAGGAUCCAUCACACUGCAGAGCACUUCACUUCGGACUGUCAACAUGACAACAGGCCCCAUUCAUUCUCAGUGUACACUCCUAGCAGAACUUGUGUUGUCUAUGCUCCAAUGAACUGACACAGC